AUGGUCCUUGCUGAUGCCUGGAAUGCAUGGGAUGACCAGCCUGCCAAGAACAACACACGCGCCAAGUGUGCCGAGACUAUGGACAUGUACCGUUCCUUGGACCCUUGGUUCGGCAUUGAGCAGGAGUACACCCUGAUGAAGCCUGGCAAGGUUGGUGUGAAGCCCUCCGUUCCCUUGGGCUUCAACACGGAUGGCAGUGAGCCAGUGCCGCAGGGACCAUACUACACCGGCGCUGGCUACAACGUCGCCAUUGGACGACCAGUUGCCGAUGAGCAUUACAAGUUGUGUGUGGAGGCUGGGGUGAAGAUUUCAGGUAUCAAUGCAGAGGUGAUGCCUGGACAGUGGGAGUUCCAGAUCGGCCCAUGCCGCGGCAUUGAGAUGGGUGACCAUCUGACCAUGGCUCGCUACAUCAUGUUGCGAGUGACGGAGAAACAUGAAUGCGUUUGCUCUUUUGAUCCCAAACCUGCGGAGGGUGACUGGAACGGCGCUGGAUGCCACACCAACUUCUCUGUGACUCCUAUGCGUGUGGCUGGUGGCUAUGACACCAUCAUCAAGGUUUGCGAAGCCUUCGGCAAGGUUGCAAAGGAGCACAUUGCAGAGUACGGCGAGGGCAACGACAAGCGCCUCACUGGAAAGCACGAGACCUGUGACAUCAACACCUUCAAGUACGGUGUGGCCAAUCGCGGCGCAUCCAUUCGCAUCCCUCGCGAUGCUGAGAAGAGCGGCCGUGGCUACAUGGAGGACCGCCGCCCAGCGGCCAACUGCGACCCAUACCGAGUGACUCAGAUCAUCAUGAAGACCACAGGUGAAUGUUUGAGCGCCGAGACCGUGGAGGCAAGAAGGGACUUGCGGGUCAGUACAGCGGGGCUGGUUGGUGGCAAGACGCACACUGCCUUUGUGUUCAUCAAGCCACAUGCCGUUUACGAGAAGGUCAAGACCUUGGUGAAGGAGAAGCUCACUGCUGAUGGAUUGACCAUCAAGUCGGAAGGCCAAAUCAAAUCAACAGUCAUCGACAAGAAGAAACUGAUCGACACCCACUAUGGUGCCAUUGCUGCGAAGGCAGUGAUGCUGAAGCCCAAGGACCUCGUUGUGCAGGAGAAGUCCCAGGAGGAAUUCGAGAAGAUGUUUGGAGUGAAGUGGAGCAAGGUCAUGGAGGAUGGCCUGGUCUUCAACGCCAUGGAUGGAGCCAAGAAGUUGGGCAUCUCUCCUGAUGAGCUCGGCAAGAAGUACGAUGCAUUGAAGAAGGGCGAGACCAUCAUCAAGUUCGGUGGUGGCUUCUACUGCGGAAAAGUGGAUGAUAUCUACGUCAUCAACGGCUUCUACAUGAACAUGAGGUCCAAGUUCACGGCCCCAGGAACCAGCAUCUACUACUACGAGGUCGAAUGGCCAGCAGAGAAGAUGUCGUGGGCAGACUUCCGUGGAAAGCUCCUGGGCCCCACGGACCCCGCCAGCGCCCCGGAGGGAUCCCUGCGCCAGCAGAUCUACAGCAAGUGGUCUGAGCUGGGCCGCUCGGCCACGGGGCCAAGGGGUGCAGACACCGGUGACAACGGCGUGCACGCCUCUGCCAGCCCCUUUGAGGCCCUGGCGGAACGCAGCAACUGGCUCCGGGCGUCCAUCUCCAAGGAUCCCUUCGGCAAGGCUUUGUUGGCGAGCGGCAUCCCCUUGCCCUUGCUGACCAAGGAGUGGUUCAGCGAUCCUUCCGUGGAGUUUGAGGGUGGGAAGAAGUCCCUCUUUGACCUUCUGGAGGAUCUGGACGCAGCGGCAUGCUUGAAGAAGUGCAAAGAGAUUGCACUGGCGAACAAGAAAUGUUGGCUCAGCUCCCUCACACCGCACACCGCCUCGCGUUCCGUCGCCAUGGACAAGGUGGCGCCUGUGCUUGGUGGCCUUGCCAGCAUCUAUGUGGCUUCCAAGGUCAUCCCUGUGAUGUACCACUGGGAGUUAAUUCCCGGUGUCGCCUCCCCGGCUUGGUGGGCACGAGCCAACACGCUUCGCUACGAUCAUUACUCGGAGGGCAUUGUGUAUUCUCAGUACGACAAUGGUGACCCAAUCCGUGAAAUCCCAGAAGAGUCGAAAGGCAAGAUGAUCCUCAGGCAGAAACGUGGCGGCUGGAAACUGCAGAGCGAGAAAGCUCCUAGGCUUUCCGCCGAAGUGAGUGAGCCUGCCGAAUCUCUGUGUGUGGAUGUUGUCGAAGCUAAUGGGCCAGUUGCAUCCCACUUCGGAACCGCUUCCAUGGUCGAAAAGUUGCCACAAAUUGCCUUGAAGACCUUGAAGGGACCGCAUCAGGCAGACAGAUUAGGUCCUUUACCCCUGGAGCUCGGAUACGAUUACAUGGCCUACAAGCUAAGCAUCGUGACAGCACUUGUAGUUGCCGAGUUGCGAACUGAUUCCUGGGACUGCAUUUUCCUGGACACUGCGAGCUUCCGUCAUUUUGCCCCACUUUUAGAGGCGAGCCAGGCCUAUGCACAGCUCAGCGGCUGCCGCUUUCGUCUUGCCUCCUUUGACCCGACGCAACAGCCGCCGGAAGAGGAGUCACGCAUUUGUCGGGAGAAAGAGAUGCGCUUGGCAGCCAAAAUGCAGGCAGAGCCUCAGGUACAAGUCUUUUCAGACCGUUUGAAGGCCGGUGACCCAGCCCUUUGCGAGGAGCAUGAGCGUGCAUAUCGAAUCGUGAUGGUGGAAGGCGUUCGGAAUGCCAUGAUCGCUGCCUUCCAACGGUUGGAGUUAUGGCCUCCGACACCACCACCUGAAGGAAUUGAGGAUGAUGACUGCUGCUAUGAGGAUGUCAACUCUCCCUUGCUGGUCAUUGCCCAACGCCUCUACAACGACGAUGUGCGCAGGCUUCUGGCAGUGCCCUGCGACGGUGCAGCAUCGCCCUGGCAGCAGCGGGCUUUGACUGCUGCCUUCAUUGUCGACUUCGCUGAGGAGGUGGGCGUGCCGUGCCCCAGUAUGCCGCCGACGCAGAAGGAGAUGAUCGAAGAGUUUGCCUUGCGAGUGGAGGAAUUUGAAGCUCAACAGCGUGCCACUGCCGCAGCAGUUGCUGCUGCAGUUGAAGAACCCAGCCCACAUACGGUGGAGGAUGCGGUGGAGGCAUCUGAGAGGCCUCCCGACACACCUCCUGCGCGGCUGUUGGGCGUGGCACAGCAGCUCCGGGCCGAGACGCGAAAACUCACAGAGCGAGGAGGCCAAUUUGUGCAAGAGAACAAGGCACUCGUCGCCUUGGGUGCAGCUGGGCUGGUAGGAAGCGCAGUGGGCUUUCUCGUGGCUGGAGGCCGAGCUGAGCGGGCGGGGCGGGAUUCCUGUCGAUUUCCUGGUGAUGCGAAGUCCCACAUCAAUUGGUACAAUGACUGGGUCGUGGUUGAGGCUCUGAUGCUGUUUGGCGCCUGGCUUCUGAAUGUGCAGAUGAUUCUCACUCUACCUGAAGCUAUUGGAGCUCGAGCUAAUUUCCAGCUUGCGUGCAAAAGAUCGGCAGUCACGUACACAGAGCUGGUGGCCACAUACAAGAAGCAGUACAAGAGGCGAGAGAUCGAGGAUUAUUGGGAGACUUGCAAGCCAGCAAAGUCGAAGAAGUCGAAGGCCGCGACUCCUACAAAGGAGUCGAAGCCCUCGAAGGCUGCCAAGCCAGUGCAGAUCGGUAAGGAUGGAGGUGCUUCCGCCCUGGCGAAGUUGCGUUCCUUUGGUAGCUGCGUUUUGGCUGAGUAUGUUUGGUUGGACGCCGAUGGCGUGACACGGUCUAAGACCAUGACCAUGACCGCCAGGCCUUUGAAGGUGACCGACCUGAAGGUGUGGAACUACGAUGGCAGCAGCACAGGCCAGGCAGACGGCCACAAUUCGGAGGUGCUUUUGAAGCCACGGGCGAUUUUCAAUGACCCCUUCCGUGGCUACCCUCACGUCAUGGUCCUUGCUGAUGCCUGGAAUGCAUGGGAUGACCAGCCUGCCAAGAACAACACACGCGCCAAGUGUGCCGAGACUAUGGACAUGUACCGUUCCUUGGACCCUUGGUUCGGCAUCGAGCAGGAGUACACCCUGAUGAAGCCUGGCAAGGUUGGUGUGAAGCCCUCCGUUCCCUUGGGCUUCAACACGGAUGGCAGUGAGCCAGCGCCGCAGGGACCAUAUUACACCGGCGCUGGCUACAACGUCGCGAUUGGACGACCAGUUGCCGAUGAGCAUUACAAGUUGUGUGUGGAGGCUGGGGUGAAGAUUUCAGGUAUCAAUGCAGAGGUGAUGCCUGGACAGUGGGAGUUCCAGAUCGGCCCAUGCCGCGGCAUUGAGAUGGGUGACCAUCUGACCAUGGCUCGCUACAUCAUGUUGCGAGUGACGGAGAAACAUGAAUGCGUUUGCUCUUUUGAUCCCAAACCUGCGGAGGGUGACUGGAACGGCGCUGGAUGCCACACCAACUUCUCUGUGACUCCUAUGCGUGUGGCUGGUGGCUAUGACACCAUCAUCAAGGUUUGCGAUGCCUUCGGCAAGGUUGCAAAGGAGCACAUUGCAGAGUACGGCGAGGGCAACGACAAGCGUCUCACUGGCAAGCACGAGACCUGUGACAUCAACACCUUCAAGUACGGUGUGGCCAAUCGCGGCGCAUCCAUCCGGAUCCCUCGCGAUGCUGAGAAGAGCGGCCGUGGCUACAUGGAGGACCGCCGCCCAGCGGCCAACUGCGACCCAUACCGAGUGACUCAGAUCAUCAUGAAGACCACUGGCGAGUGCCUGAGCGCGGAGACCAUUGAGGCUGGUGGUAAGACGCACACCGCCUUCGUGUUCAUCAAACCCCAUGCGAACAAUGAGAAGGUGCAGGCUUUGGUCAAGGAGAAGUUGACGUCCGAAGGACUGACUGUGAAGGCGGAGGGUCAGAUCAAGUCCAACGUCAUCGACAAGAAGAAACUGAUCGACACCCACUACGGUGCCAUUGCUGCGAAGGCAGUUUUGAUGAAGCCCAAGGAUCUCAUUGUGCAGGAGAAGUCCCAGGAGGAAUUCGAGAAGAUGUUCGGAGUGAAGUGGAGCAAGGUCAUGGAGGAUGGCCUGGUCUUCAACGCCAUGGAUGGAGCCAAGAAGUUGGGCAUCUCUCCUGAUGAGCUCGGCAAGAAGUACGAUGCAUUGAAGAAGGGCGAGACCAUCAUCAAGUUCGGUGGUGGCUUCUACUGCGGAAAGGUGGAUGAUAUCUACGUUAUCAACGGCUUCUACAUGAACAUGCGCUCCAAGUUCACUGCACCUGGCACAAGCAUCCACUACUACGAGGUGGAAUGGCCUGCAGAGAAGAUGUCCUGGGCCGACUUCCGCGGAAAGCUUCUGGGCCCCACGGACCCAGCUGCCGCUCCAGCGGGAUCCCUCCGUGAGCAGAUCUACAGCAAGUGGGAGGACCUGGGUCGCUUGGCAAGUCAACACUCAACACUGGACAAGGACACUGGUGACAACGGCGUGCACGCCUCUGCCAGCCCCUUUGAGGCCCUGGCGGAACGCAGCAACUGGCUCCGGGCGUCCAUCUCCAAGGAUCCCUUCGGCAAGGCUUUGUUGGCGAGCCGCAUCCCCUUGCCCUUGCUGACCAAGGAGUGGUUGCCCGGCCUCCAUGGCUAG